AAAGGGUGGAUUUGGUGAGAAUCGCAAAACUCCACCCUCCCGUGUCUGUCUGUCUGUCUCUGACUCCAUUCCCACCUUCGCCUGCGUCACUCACUCUUCCUUUCUUUCACUUCCUUUUCCUUAUCAUAUCAUUAUUCUCUUCUUUUUCUUUUCUUUUCAUUCUUCAACGCCCACAACACCACACCACUUUCUCUGUUCUCUCCACAUCUCCAACACUCACAUACUCUGAAAAAAAAAAUUAAAAAAAAUAUAAAAAAUAAAAAAAGUUUGUUUUUCUUCAACAAACCAUGGAGGGACUUCCCCAAGGUUACCGUCCCAACGUUGGUGUCUGUCUCAUCAACUCCGAUGAUCAGAUUUUUGUGGCUUCUAGGUUGAAUGUCCCAGGAGCAUGGCAAAUGCCUCAGGGGGGAAUUGAAGAUGGUGAAGAGCCCAAAUCUGCUGCCGUUAGGGAACUUCGAGAAGAAACUGGAAUAGUGUCUGCUGAGAUAAUUGCUGAGGUUCAGAAAUGGUUGACAUAUGAUUUCCCUCCUGCUGUGAAGGCUAAAGUCAAUCGUCUAUGGGGAGGUGAAUGGCAUGGACAGGCUCAAAAGUGGUUUCUUAUGAGAUUAACAAAAGAUGACAGUGAGGUCAACUUAGCUAAUGGGGAAGCAGAACGUGAAUUUGCAGAAUGGAAAUGGGCAGACCCUGAAGAAGUUAUUGAGCAGGCAGUGGACUACAAGAGACCAACCUAUGAAGAAGUUAUAAGAACCUUCAAGCCUUACUUUCAAGGGAGUGGAAUAUCUGCCAAAUGUAAAUCAACAAAGUGGUGAAUGUUAUUAUGAGUGUGCAUUGUAGUUCAAUCCAUUUUCUUAUCUAAUUUCACUGAGUUUGGAUAGCACUCAGCUAUGUGUAAAGGGAUGAUAGUUAGAACUGUUCAUUAGGUACUUGCCUUGUAAUGAUAAGCUAUGUGCAAAUGCCUAAUUUAUAUUCUAAACCUCCCUGCAAGGAUGAUUGUGAAUGUGUAUAGAACUGUUUAAUAAAGUAGGAAGCAUUGUGCAGCAGAAUAGUGAUCAAGGCUAAGUGCCAACGUAUGAGGACUGGUUUUUAUGAGAAUCUGCGAAAUAGUUUAUACUUUCUAUGAUAUUUGUUUCCUGUGUAUAAGUAAGAUCUGGUUUAAUAUU